GGUGGGGAGCGUAUAAGUCGACGUUCAAGUGUAUUUCCUUUUCUCAGUCUUUGAAAUCGUGAUUUUCUAGUCUGACAACAAUGGCUCCAAAGGCGGAGAAGAAGCCGGCGGAGAAGAAACCGGCGGAGGAGAAGAAGGCCGAGAAAUCUCCGGCGGAGAAGAAGCCGAAGGCUGGGAAGAAGCUGCCGAAGGAGGCCGUAGCCAGCGGCGAAAAGAAGAGGAAGAUGAAAAAGAAGAGCACGGAGACGUACAAGAUCUACAUCUUCAAGGUGCUGAAGCAGGUCCAUCCAGACAUCGGAAUCUCGAGCAAGGCCAUGGGAAUAAUGAACAGCUUCAUCAACGACAUCUUCGAGAAGCUCGCUCAGGAGGCUUCAAGGCUCGCGAGGUACAACAAGAAGCCCACGAUUACUUCCCGCGAGAUUCAGACAGCCGUCAGGCUUGUUCUUCCCGGAGAGCUGGCGAAACAUGCUGUUUCUGAGGGGACCAAGGCCGUGACGAAAUUCACCAGCUCGUGAAUUGUACCCGUCUGGUUUCAGUCGAUAUAUGGUGAUGUUGCUGUGUAGUAAGCUAGGUUUAGGGCGAUCCGGGUACUUGUUUUUGAAAAUCGAAUCCCGAAAUUUCUCAUGUAUUUCACGUCUCCAACUUCGAUGUAUCUAUGAAACUUCCUUAUGAAAACAGCCCGAUUUUCAGAUAUUUCUGGUCGGGUUUAGAUA